GCUUAACUUCACAUAGCAUGCGUCAUCGUGUCCUCUGCCGGUGCAGGUCAACGUGAUAGUUUCUGAACAGCAUGUGGUAGUUAGUUGGGAGUUGUUGGGGGUAGUUUUUGUAUGUUUCUCAGUUGUUAUUUUGUGUAAUUUCAGUGUGUUCAGCUCGCUGUAAUGGCAGCUUCCGGAAGGAUGGCGCUUGUCUCCGCGCUCGUGCGCCAUUUCAGUGGGGGACGCUCGUCAUGCGUUAGGAAGCUGCUCGAGACGAAUCAAAGGCUGCGAGUUGUGUCUAAUGUAAAAUUCGGACUAGAGAGAGACAGUCAUGUCUGGGCAGUGAAUCCCGCCAAGGCUCCAUUCAGCUGGGACACACAACGCAGAGCUCUGUCUUCUGAAACGCCAUACAAAGAAGACGAUUAUCCCCCUCUUCCAGAGUACCCUUCGACUCCAGAGAGCAAUCAGAAGGAAGUGUUCAUCGUCCGUGUCAAGGGUCUGCCGUGGUCUUGUAGUGCAGAGGACCUGCUGAAAUUCUUCUCUGAGUGUCGCAUUCACAAAGGAGUGAACGGAAUCCAUCUUAUGUAUCACAAAAACGGCAAGCCAACAGGACAAGCUUUCAUCGAGCUGGAGGACGAGGAGGAUGUCAACAAAGCCUUGGAGAUGCACAGGCAGUAUCUUGGACCUCGCUAUGUAGAAGUAUAUGAAGUGACCAACAGAGAUGCGGAGGCCAUACUGAAGGGCACAGAUGAAAACCAAGACGGAGUGGUUCGCAUCCGGGGUCUGCCCUUUAACUGCGCAGAGGAGGAGGUUAUCCAGUUUUUUUCAGGACUGAACAUCGUGAACAAUGGGGUCACGCUUGUCAUGGAUCGCUCGGGUCGGAGUUCAGGCGACGCGUUUGUGCAGUUUGCUACACAGGAGAUGGCCAACGAAGCACUGAAGAGAGACCGAGAGGUUAUUGGAAACAGGUACAUCGAGGUGUACCCGAGCAAGAAAAGCGAGAUUCAAGCGCAGUACAGCAGAGGGAGAGGGGACACUACAGUCACUGCCGUCCGCGCACAAAAGACCAGCAGCGUCCCUCUUCCCACGCACUAUGUACACAUGAGGGGUCUACCAUAUCAAGCCACGGCUGGAGACAUAAUAAAUUUCUUUCACCCUAUCAGAGUGGCAAAGGUUCUGCUCGAGUACGGACCCGACGGGAGACCUAACGGCGAGGCAGGCGCUCACUUCACAACACGACAGGACGCGCUGCAAGCAAUGACCAAAGACAAGCAGUAUAUACAGGACCGAUAUAUUGAGCUGUACCUAAAUUCCACAUAAAAGGAGAAAGAGAAUUGAAAUGGUGAAUGGCUGUCAUCUGUACAAAGCAUAUUGGUGAUAUUUAUUUGAGAUAAAUAUUGGGGAAAAAUGUCAUUAAACCUGCUCAGUUAUGGAGUA